CACAAACGGUUUCUGAGAUGUGAAACGCAAGAAGAAGGUCAUUCCUAAAUGCUAUCAAUUAUAUAACUUUUGAAACUCCUGUCUAGGCUAAAAAAUUAGACCUCUGCUUAUUUCCAGAAGUCUUAAGUCUGUUUUAUUUUAAGAAGUCCAGGAGAUAGAGCCAGAAAUCUGAAGUGGAAAGCAAUGCCAAAACCCAAACUGACCCUGCUGAAAGCUGAACGCUAGCGGCACUGAGCACCAGCUUGACUCACUUGGCUGGACAAGAGGCUAAUGAUUACAAACUAUGACCAGGUGCAGCACAAUUAGCCCUGCAUAGUCCAUUCCCUUUUCAGUCCUCGGAGUAAUGCAACCAUCAACAAUACCGCAAGCACCCAAACAGGAACGGAUGGUGAAGGGAAACACUACAUUAAUCAGCCUCAAGCCUGCAACUGAAGAAAACUCUUUCCUGGGCAGGACGAGCUGCACAUGAAGCAUGAGAGGCUGGAGCUGAGGCUCAGCUGACCCUUCCCCUACCUUCUCCUCCUUUCCCCUGUGCUCCAUUCGAUCAGCACCUCCACCCACCCAUCCCCUCCUUUCCCCUUCCUGUCUCCCUCGCACUGCUGGAUCUCACCUCCCCUACUCCGAGCCUCAAUCAGCCGAGCCCAAUGUAUUCUCCGGAGCAGGAAAACAUCUCCACCACCUCCUCCACCAAAGUGCCAGUGAAGUACGGAGAGCUCAUUGUGUUGGGGUACAAUGGCUCUCUGCCCAACGGGGACCGAGGCCGACGUAAAAGCCGCUUUGCACUUUGCAAAAGGCCGAAGGCAAACGGGGUGAAGCCCAGCACAGUUCACAUCGCCUGCUCUCCACAGGCAGCCAAGGCCAUAAGCAACAAAGACCAGCACAGCAUCUCUUUCACUCUGUCUCGAGCCCAGACGGUGGUGGUGGAGUACACCCACGACAGCAAUACAGACAUGUUCCAGAUCGGUCGAUCGACAGAGAGUCCCAUAGACUUUGUCGUGACGGACACGGUGGCAGGCAGCCAGAGUAACGCAGACACCCAGUCGGUCCAGAGCACCAUCUCCCGCUUCGCCUGCCGCAUCAAGUGCCAGCGCACGCCGCCUUACACCGCACGCAUCUACGCCGCAGGCUUCGACUCCUCCAAGAACAUCUUCCUCGGGGAGAAAGCUGCCAAGUGGAAGACGGCUGAUGGUCAAAUGGACGGGCUGACCACCAACGGCGUGCUGGUGAUGCACCCUCGAAAUGGCUUCACCCAGGACUCCAAACCAGGCGUCUGGAGAGAGAUCUCAGUCUGCGGCAACGUGUUCACCCUAAGAGAGACCCGCUCGGCACAGCAGCGAGGAAAGAUGGUGGAGACUGAGAGCCACGAGCUGGUCGACGGCUCUCUCAUCGACCUUUGCGGCGCGACCCUGCUGUGGCGCACCGCCGAGGGCCUGUCGCGCACUCCCACCCUCAAACACCUGGAGGCGCUGCGGCAGGAGAUCAACGCGGCUCGCCCGCAGUGUCCCGUGGGCUUCAACACGCUCGCCUUCCCCUCCAUGCGUCGCAAGGACACGCCGGACGAGAAGCAGCCCUGGGUCUACCUCCAGUGUGGCCACGUGCACGGCUACCACAACUGGGGCAACCACCGCGAGGAGAGGGAGGGCCGCGAGGGCCGCCACAGGGAGUGCCCCAUGUGCCGGACCAAAGGGCCGUACGUGCCGCUGUGGCUGGGCUGCGAGGCCGGGUUUUACGUCGACGCCGCCCCGCCCACUCACGCCUUUAACCCCUGCGGCCACGUUUGCUCAGAGAAGACGGCGGCCUUCUGGAGUCAGAUCCCGCUGCCGCACGGCACGCACACCUUCCACGCCGCCUGCCCCUUCUGCGCCCAGCAGCUGAGUGGUGAGCAGGGCUACGUCAGACUCAUCUUCCAGGGACCCCUCGACUAGCGGAGCCGACUUCCCAUCAUCCUUUGAGGGGGGGAGUUUUUGUGUUUGGACGCUGACCCCUGCAUUAAAAAAACAGGGGAGCUGCACCGUUUUGGUUUGUCUCCUCUGCGGUUAAGAUGAAA